AUGGAGCAAGCAAAUAUUAUGAUUGAAUUUUGGGGAAUGAGUACCAAUGACAGAGUGUGGGGGCGGAUGAACUGCCAGUCGAUUAGUGCUUAUCGGCAUCAUAACCAAGAAGACAUGUGUGCGAGAGAACUAAGAGAUGGUCUUGAUGUGGGAUUCAUUGUAGACCAUUCAGUUAUAGAUGGAAAGCACCGAGAUGCUGACAUUAGAGCCCAAUUGGGAAAAUCUCCAACUCUUAUUGAACUAAACAAGUUUAUUCCUAAAAACUGUGCUGCCAUUGGGAGUUUUGCCAAAUUUCCAAUGUAUGAAAAUAAUUUUGGAUGGGGAAGACCAAUUGGGGUGAGAAGUGGAUGGGCAAAUAAGUUCGAUGGAAAGAUGUCUGUGUAUCCUGGGCGCGAGGGGAAUGGAAGUGAGGAUAUAGAGAUUUGUCUCCUUCCACAAACCAUGAGCACUUUGGAAUCUGAUCCAGAGUUCCUUUUCCCAUGCUCUCGUUGA